UUAACACACAAACAUACAGCAUGUCCAAAAAUGCAAUGGCAAACAGAAAGCAGAACAUACACAUAGCCCAAAUAUAGACACACAUUUCACUCGCGUAGACACAGAAACAUACGGGGGGGUUAUUCCAGGAGGUCGCAGCAGUGCACAGACUUAUCCGUACAAGCUCUGGAGACAAAGAUUGAGGCACCACCGCCAUCAUGCCCGGUGAGGAGAAACCAGCGCAACAGACCCGUCAGAGGAAAAAACACAAAAAGUCCCGCUCCAAGGGGAAGAGCCCGGGUGGGAGUCCCAGUGGACCCCUCGGGGGGAGCCUAGACGGCCAGGAUGACCUCCUGUCAGCACCCUUACUCCAGCCUCCUGCUAAAAAGCCGGCGGAGGAGAAGCCCAAAGUGUCCGUGGCCAAAGUGGAGGAGGAGUCGUCGAUUGCUAUCUGUCUUCAGGUGGUUUUUCCCUACCUGCUGGCCGGGAUGGGCAUGGUGAUGGCCGGCAUGGUGCUGGACAAUGUAAUGCACUGGGAGGUGUUUAAGGUGAUAACUGAGGUGUUCAUCCUGGUGCCUGCUCUGGUUGGACUCAAAGGAAACCUGGAGAUGACCCUGGCCGCUCGCCUCUCCACUGCUGCCAACACGGGCCAAAUGGACGAACCUGAUAAACAGUGGACCAUGGUGUGCAGCAACCUGGCCCUCAUACAGGUUCAGGCGACGGUGGUGGGCUUCCUGGCAGCUGUGGCCGCCGUGUGUUUAGGGGCGAUUUCUCGAGGGGGGGUUGAACUGGACCAGGCAGCGGUUCUCUGCGCCAGCAGCAUCACCACUGCCUUCGUAGCUGCUCUGUCCUUAGGCCUGGUGAUGAUCGGCGUCAUCAUCGGCUCCAGGAAGGUGGGGAUCAACCCUGACAACGUGGCCACCCCCAUCGCUGCCAGUCUGGGGGAUCUGAUCACGCUGUCCCUGCUGGCCGGGGUCAGCAGCACGCUCUACGAGUACAUCGAUGUCUGGUACCUGUCCCCCCUGGUGUGUCUGGUCUUCCUGGCUCUGAUCCCGCUGUGGGUUCUGGUGGCUCGACGGCACCCUCAGAUCAGGGAGGUUCUGCGCUCGGGGUGGCAGCCCGUUAUAGUCGCCAUGUCCAUUAGCAGUUUCGGAGGCCUCAUACUGGACAAGACAGUGAGCGAUCCCAACUUUAAGGGAAUGGCUGCCUUCACACCCGUCAUCAACGGAGUCGGUGGGAACUUGGUGGCUAUUCAGGCCAGCAGGAUCUCCACGUACCUGCACUUCUGGAGCAUCCCCGGGGUGCUGCCCUACAAGAUGAGGCAGAACUGGCCCAAUCCCUGCAUCACCUUCUUCUCCUCAGGGGUGAACUCCAAAUCAGCUCGGGUGCUCCUGAUGCUGGUCGUCCCCGGUCACCUGGUCUUCCUCUACGCCAUCUCUCUGCUGCAGGGAGAUGAGGCGCCGAUCUCUGUAGCCUUCACCGUCUGCUACCUGUGUGCUGCUGUGUUACAGGUGUCCAUCUUACUUUAUGUUGCUGACCUCAUCAUCCGCUCGAUGUGGAGAAGGAGUCUUGACCCGGAUAACUUCUCCAUCCCCUACCUGACCGCCCUGGGCGAUCUGCUGGGCACGGGCUUCCUCGCUCUCUGUUUCCGCUGCGUCUCAUGGGUUCAGAGUCUGGGUCUCUGAACGCCCCCCCCCCUUCCCCCUCCCCCCUUCAUCACUGAACUCUUUGCCAGCCAUCUACUUACUGCAUCGGUUUGUUUUACAUAAUGCCCAGAGAAGCUUUAUCGGACAAUAAAGCAUUUUAUCUGAUGGUUA